AUGAAUUCGGGUCCUGUCACCGAUUCGGGUCCUCUUGUUGAUUCAGGUCUUAUCAGUGAUUCAAGUCCUGCCACUGAUUCGGGUCCCCUCGCUGAUUCGGGCACUGGGGACCAGCGCAUUAUCCCGAGACAGAACGCAAUGACCAUGUCCCGCAUUCCCCAUUCCUAUUUCUCCGUGAGCGAGAUCAUCCUGAAGGAAUUCUCUUCUUAG